AUGCCCACUGCUGUCUACGCUCAACAAUGUGUGGCAGCAGCAUAUGCAUCCCGGCUGAACCCAUACGCGCUACACAAAAAGGAGCAGGAACUUCUUCAGGAUCAUUUGUGUCACCUCCAUGUCACCGUCUACUUGAACAUCCGAAAUGGUAUCCUGCGUCUAUGGACUCGAAACCCCAUGUUGAGCGUCUCGAAGGAAGAAGCUAUGGGGUGUGCGAAGGACUAUCGCUGGAUGAACCUCGCGGCAUUCGCAUAUGAAUGGCUUGUCCGUAACGGCUAUAUCAAUUUUGGCUGUGUGGAAAUUCCAGUCGCUCCAGAGCCCGUGAAGAAAGGUCGGCGAAAGGAUGGCCCUGUGAUUGUCGUGGUGGGAGCUGGAACGGCGGGCUUAGGUUGUGCUCGACAUCUGGAAGGUCUAUUCAGUCAUUACCACAAUGCGUUUACAUCACCACGGGUGAUCGUACUGGAAGGACGGCGCAGGAUUGGGGGUCGUAUCUACUCGCAUCCUUUGCGAAGCCUGGAGUCAUCCACUCUGGCUCCUGGGUUAGUCCCCAAGGCCGAAAUGGGCGCCCAGAUCAUCGUUGGGUUCGAUCACGGCAAUCCACUAGAUCAGAUUAUCCGAGGCCAGCUCGCUCUUCCAUAUCACUUAUUGCGCGAUAUAUCGACGAUCUAUGACAUCGAUGGGUCACCGGUGGAUGAAGCUCGAGACGCAACAGACGAGAUGCUUUAUAACGACAUAUUGGAUCGGUCGGGGCUGUAUCGGCACAAGUCGGUUAUAGUGCCCACUGCAGAGGGUGACCGGGAUUUAAUCAAUUCCGGGCGUGAUCUGUCGAUCAGCGACGGCCUUACAGUGAGACAAUACGAAGAAGCCAGGGCUGCCGGGACCAUCGGGCUCCUGUUCCCUGCGAAACGGGUCCGACGCGGUGUUGGCCACAAAACCGCUGACAUUAAGCCUACCAGUGCCCCGUUGGCAGACCCUACCAACGUUGAAGAAAACCCCGCCCAGCUUGCGUGUCAGACGAUGGGUUGGACCUUGAAAGACGGGACUUCCGUUAACGACACCAUCAAUCUGGACCCGGUGGCCAAAGCCUCGCCGUGUCAGACCUUGGGCGCCGUGAUGGAUGACGGUGUCCGGCAGUACCAGCGUAUGCUCCCAUUGACUCCGAAAGACAUGCGCCUGCUCAACUGGCAUAUGGCCAAUCUGGAGUAUGCGAAUGCUUCAAAUAUCGGCAAGCUUAGCCUUUCCGGGUGGGACCAGGAUAUGGGAAAUGAAUUCGAGGGAGAACACUCACAGGUGGUGGGUGGCUAUCAGCAACUGCCGUACGGACUAUGGUCGCUGCCUACGAAGCUAGAUGUCCGAACAAACAAGAUUGUCUCCAAGAUAUCCUACGACCAUACGGGCCUAGGUAAGAACAAGACGGUGGUUCAGUGUGAAGAUGGGGAGUCAUUUGUUGCCGAUAAGGUGGUCUUUACGGGCUCUUUGGGCAUCCUGAAGCAUCGCUCCAUCCAGUUCUCGCCUCCCCUCCCGGAGUGGAAAACGAGCGCGAUUGAUCGCCUUGGCUUUGGCAUCAUGAACAAGGUGAUCCUGGUCUUUGACAAGCCUUUCUGGGACACGGAGCGUGACAUGUUUGGGCUGCUGCGGGAACCCAACAAUCGCAAUAGUAUGAUGCAGGAGGACUAUGCGGCAAACAGGGGCCGGUUCUACUUGUUCUGGAACUGUAUGAAGACCACGGGUCUCCCCGUCCUCAUUGCUCUCAUGGCCGGCGAUGCCGCACAUCAAGCCGAAUGCACGCCGGAUGCCGAACUCAUUGCGGAAGUGACCAGCCAGCUUCGUAAUGUCUUCAAACGGGCGGUCGUUCCGGAUCCCUUGGAGACCAUCAUCACCCGCUGGGGCACGGACAAAUUCACCCGCGGAAGCUACUCCUAUGUGGCCGCACAGUCACUUCCAGGAGACUAUGACCUGAUGGCCAAACCAAUUGGUAACUUACACUUCGCGGGAGAAGCCACCUGCGGCACCCACCCAGCCACGGUCCAUGGAGCGUACUUAUCCGGGCUUCGAGCUGCAUCAGAAGUCAUCGAGUCCGUCCUCGGACCCAUUGAAGUGCCUCAUCCGCUAGUCCCAGAGAAGGGCAAGACCCUCGACGUCAGCACCGCCACGGCAGCGCCUCAGAAGCGAAAGGAGCCGUCUGUGAGCAAUGGCACCGCCGCCAGUGCAGCACCCAACAAUACAUCGCCCGAGGCCGCUCGUCGGGAGGCAUACGACAAAGCCGUCAUGGAGGCCAUCUGUAACGAACUGGGCCCGCCACCCCAGCGACCAGCCAGAACGGCGCUGAACCCGUUCCUUUUGUACCAAAAGGAUUACUGGGGGAAGUGCCGCAUGCAGUGUGACGAAGCCCGCCGCACCACCACCAAGGACCCCAACGCCAAGGCGGCGCGCGACGAGAUCCGCCAAGCCCUGGGCCUCAUGUGGCGACAGGCCAGCGAAGAGGAGAAACGGCCGUACAUGGAGCAAACGGAGGUCAACCGACAGACCAAUUCGGAGAUUUGGAAUCGCUGGCGCAGCGACAUGGCGGAAUGGGAGAAGAAAUCGAACGAAGUCAAGGAGCGAUGGUGCGCAGCCAAUCCCCUGGCCACCUGGGAGCAGCAUCCGUUAGAAAGACCAACUCUUGCCUCUACUCAAAACAUACCCGUGAAUGCGCAGCCCGCUGCCUCGUUAGCGUCGACAACUCUAACCAACGGUGAACAUGCAACAUCUAGGCCAGAUCCGCGAAUGAAUGGCCCACCUCAACCAGAAUCUCCACCUCAACCUCCCCUACUACCUACAACACUAAGCAAUGGCGAACACUCAGCAUCCAAACCAAAUCCGAAGAACAAUGGCACGACACCUCACCCUCAAACUCAACCUCCCCUGCUAGCUACAGCAAUAACCAACGGUGACCAACAUGCAACACCAAGGCCAAUUUCACAAAUGAAUGGCACGACGCCUCACCCUCACCCUCAAUCUCAUCCUCAUCCUCAUCCUCACUUCAUCUACUAGCUCCAAAUGAUCUUUGAUGCAUUCGACUGCUCUAACAUGAUAUAUUAUUCAUUUCCCGUUCUUUGUACACUACUCCUCC